CCAUGGUCACUCGGAGUUUUGUUUUCUUUGGUGGGGGGACAAUUGCUUGUGAUUAUUUGUUCUUCUUUCUCCUCAAACUUCCAGCUUCUGGUCAAAGUUGAAUCAACCCAUUUUCCUUAAGGUAUGUGACCUUUCUGGGAUGUCUUGGGCACUUCAUCACGUGCCAACGGUUCCUGUGACGGCAUCAUGCUUCUUCCCCCCUCACCCCCAAAAAAUGCUGGUAGUACGGCUCAGAGCCAGAUUAGUGUGGGGAUCUUCUCAGUGUGUUUGUUCACCUGGGAUAGACUUCACAUGAGAAGAGAACAAAAGAGAAGAUACAAGAUUGAGAAGCCAUACAUGUGACUGACUAUGAGAUCUCAGAUAAUAACCUGCUUCCGCAGUCUGAGAACCUUUGCAAUGGCUACCUCAACUGUCCCCAAGACCUGCAAGGUCAUCACUGCUGAGACUAUCGCCAAGGGUUACCUUAGUGAGGUCAAGGACACACUGGCCAAGAUCCAAGGCGAGAACCCUUGCACUCCCACACUGGCUGCUUUCCUCGCCAACGGUGAUCCCGCUGCCGUAAAGUAUGCUGAGUGGUCCAAGAAGACUUGUGAAGAGAACGGAUUCAACUUUGACCUCCGAACUGUGGACAAGGAGCUUCUCGAGGAGGAGAUCAUGAAGGCCAAUGAAGACGACAAUGUCGACGGCAUGAUUGUCUACUACCCUAUCUUCCCCAACAACCCUUCUCACGACAAGUACAUCCAGGAGUCUGUUGACCUUGGAAAGGACGUUGAGGGUCUUCGACACAAGCACAUCCACAACAUGUACCACAACAUUCGCUUCAUUGACCCUCCUGAGAACCGCAAGAAGUCCAUCCUUCCAUGCACUCCUCUCGCUGUUGUCAAGAUCCUUGAGUACUUGCAGAUCUACAACCCCAUCCUGGCUUCCGGGAACCGACUUUUCGGAAAGACUAUCACUGUCAUCAACAGAUCCGAGGUCAACGGCCGACCUCUUGCUGCCCUCCUCGCCAACGAUGGCGCCACCGUUUACUCCGUCGACGUCACUGGUGUCCAGAUCUUCACCCGAGGAGAGGGCAUCAAGAAGGCCCGCCACCAGGUCGAGGACAAGGAGGGUUGGAAACUCGAGGACUGCCUUCCUCUCAGUGACGUUGUCAUUGGAGGAGUUCCCGUCGAGUCUUUCAAGGUACCCACCGAGCUCAUCCGCGACGGUGCUGUCUGCAUCAACUUCUCCUCGUACAGAAACUUUGAUGGUCCCGCCAUUAAGGAGAAGGCCUCCAUCUACGUGCCAUCCGUCGGCAAGGUUACCAUUGCUAUCCUCUUGAGAAACUUGGUUCGCCUCAUUGCCAACCGACCCUCCAAGGAUGAGUCGCAGAAGAGCGUCGAAGCCCGAGCUGAGGCUUUCGCUGACGACUAAAUGCUUUCAAACGCAAAAGAAAAGACGUUUUAAAAGAAGGUUACGAUUGCUUUGAACUAGACUAUGGAGAACGAAACACGACGGGGCUGGUCGUCCUGUAACAGGAAAUGCAUUUUUAUAGGAGUUGUCAUAGAUGGGAUAUAUCAAAAAGCUGGGAUGACGGCAUGAUUGGAAAGACAUGUUCAACAUAAACCCUUGCGUGAAUGUCAUGAGCGUGUGUGACGUUGUGUCACGAAUGUAAAACAUUGAAUCAUGGACAGCUGGCGGUUUUACAG